AGUUACAGUGCUUGAAGGGCCUAUUUAUGCAGUGGGAGGACAUGAUGGUUGGAGUUAUUUGAAUACAGUUGAGCGGUGGGACCCUCAAAGUCAGCAGUGGACAUUUGUGGCAAGUAUGUCAAUUGCCAGAAGCACUGUUGGAGUAGCAGCAUUAAAUGGCAAGUUAUAUUCAGUUGGAGGUCGGGAUGGAAGUUCAUGUUUGAGUUCAAUGGAAUAUUAUGAUCCUCACACAAAUAAAUGGAAUAUGUGUGCUCCUAUGUGUAAGAGAAGAGGAGGUGUAGGAGUGGCUACAUGUGAUGGCUUUCUUUAUGCAGUUGGAGGCCAUGAUGCUCCUGCUUCUAACCAUUGUUCCCGACUGCUGGACUAUGUAGAAAGAUAUGAUCCAAAAACUGAUACAUGGACAAUGGUGGCUCCACUGAGUAUGCCUCGAGAUGCUGUUGGUGUCUGUCUUCUUGGUGACAAAUUAUAUGCAGUAGGUGGCUACGAUGGUCAAACAUACCUGAACACUAUGGAAGCGUAUGACCCUCAAACUAAUGAAUGGACACAGAUGGCUUCCCUAAAUAUUGGAAGAGCUGGUGCCUGUGUUGUAGUCAUCAAACAACCAUGACUUUGUCAGCACUGCUUAGGAUUUUACUGACUGUGAAAUGAUUAUUUUUCUAUCAGAUAAUGAGAAUGAUAAGUUCAUGAGAAGAAGGAUUUACACAGUGAAUACUUUGUUGAUCACAAACUUGAAGAAGUUUGGAAAUGAGAAACAUUAAGUAUUUAUGCCCUAUAAAAUCAUAAAAACUGUUCACAGUCAAUGAACAAGAAAAAAAAUCAGUCUGUUAUAGGCAUAAAUAUGUGAACGUGGAGUAGUAAGUUCAGAUACUGUUCUCAUGAAUGUGUCUUGGAGAACUGGAUAAUCAAGGGACAGUUCUAUACAAG